AUGACCCAAACACGUGCUCAGGCCAAGGCGUGUGCCACAGAGAGGCAGCAAACCCCGUCCAAGAAGCGACGCGACGCCCGUAAAGAAGACAAAAAGACUGACACCGAACCACCUGCCAAGAAACAAAAGCAGACACAGAAGCAGACAUCCAAGCAAGAACCCCCUCCAGAGUCUCCGCCAACGUCUCCUGCUCCAGCAGCACGCGACAAACUCAACCGCCUCAUCGCUCAGCACGGCGCUCUCCCCCUCAACGACACCAACAUCCCCCAACCCCUUUCCCCCAGCCCCUCCACCUUCCUCGCCCUCCUCCUCAACGCCUUCCUCUCCUCCGCCCGCAUCUCCCACGACCUCGCUGCCAAAACCGUGUCCCGCGUGAUUCAGGCCGGCUACCACAAUCUCCCCACCCUAAAAGCAAGCAGCUGGCAGGAACGCACCGAGGUCCUCACGGAAGGCGGCUACACGCGCUACCGCGAGAAGACGGCCACCGCGCUCGGCGAGCUAGCGGAGUUGCUGGAGGAGAAGUAUGACGGCGACCUAACCAACCUCCUCAUGAUCGGCUCCCCCACGCCCCAAAAAGUCCGCGCCCGCCUCAAAGAAAUCAAGGGCCUCGGCGACGUCGGCGCCGACAUCUUCUUCGACACCGCCCAGGGCAUCUGUCCCCAGCUCGCGCCGUUUCUGGACCCCCGCAGCGUCAAUACCGCGCAACGUAUUGGCAUCGGUGGUGAUGUCGGCGUUCUUUGGCGCGAGAUAGGUAAGGAUCCGGAGAGAAUGUGUCGGUUGGCGGGCGCAUUGACGGUUGUGAGGCUUGAGGGGCGGGAGGGCGAGUUCAAGCAAGAAAGUUGA